UCGCAUCUGCAGCUUCCACAUUGAAAAAAAUAUGGAGAUGCAUCUACCUAACAAGUCACUGAACGAGUUCAGGACUCUUCUGUAUUACACCACCUCAGAGCAAGUAUUUGAGGAGCGAUGGCAUGCAUUUUACAGAAAAUGGCAAUCCCCAAAAACCAGAACAUGGAUGAAGAGGAUGUACAACAAGAGGAAACUUUGGGCUGCAGCGUAUCUCUCUGAAGGAUUCUGGCUGGGUAUGAAAAGUAACCAGCGGAGUGAAAGUUUAAACUCUUGUCUACACCUGCACCUAGAUGGGGAAAUGACAAUUGUUGAUAUGAUUAUGCACUACGACAACGCAAUUGUCCGUCUCCGUGAGAACGAAGCCCACGACGACUGCACGGCUUCACAGACUACACCAGUGCCAAUUACUAAUUUCAGAGAACUAGAGGUUGCUGCUGCAAAAAUAUUCACUCCUGCUGUGUUCUAUAUUAUUCAAGGUGAGCUUUCAAAGAUUGGCGGCAUAGAGAUCUUAGAAAAAAUGCAGGUAGGAGAGUCAAACAUCUUCAUUGUGGCAUGGAGGAAUCAUGUAAGGACCAGGUUCUACGUGGAAUAUAGACCCAAAGAGGCAGAAAUUAUAAGGUGCAGCUGUCAAAGGAUGAUUCGAAAGGGGAUCCCUUGCAAGCACAUACUGCAUGUGCUGCAUUUCUUGAAAUUUACUGAAAUUCCACAAUGUUGUGCUCUACGACGAUUCACAAAAAAUGCCAGGUUAGGGUUGCCAGCUAGACGCACCAGUGACAUGUUUGGGUGGGGUUGGUCUGGGGCAGAGGAGCGGAUGAAAUACAGCAGGAUGAAUAUUAAGGUAUCACAGGCUAUGCAUAUUGCAUUAAACAAUUCAGAAGAAUAUGAUCUGCUCAACAGUACCAUUGAUGGCAUAAUUUCUAGAAGAGAGGGGUAUGCUAAAGGUAAAGCAUAUGGUCCCCUCAGGUCGGUGCAUGAAAAUGAAGAUGCUAGUGGACCAUGCGAUAUUGUUAUUGGUGAUCCUUUGAAAGUGUCCACUAAGGGUGCACCUAGGCAAGAAGCGCAGAAAUCUCCGAUGACUAAAAAUGGAAGACCACUAGGACACAAGGAACGCAGGGUGCAGGUGUGCGGGGCAUGCCAAGAAGAAGGGCAUAACAGAAGAAACCCAAUAUGCAUAUUUCAUCCGAAGAAUGUGCUGCAGCAGGAAGGGUAGUUCUUUCAUAGUUAUCUAAAGGGCAGUAAAUUUCCUUAAUUAUGAAUGGGACGAAAAUAGCUUUGUAUUCGAUGGAGUUGUUAAUGUUUGCUACGUACUGAUGUUUUUAUUUUGUACUGAUGUUGUUAAUUCUCUGGUGUUCUUUUGUAAAAAUGGCAAAAGACAUUAUAUAUUGUGAAGUAGGCAUUUCCUUAUGUACAUCAUAGCAUGCAUGUACAAACAUAAAAUAAUUGCAUA